AUACACCUUUCUUAAAUGCCCAUAAUUUUUCUUACCUCUUCUUCUUGACUUUUGUUUUGGAUAUUCCAAUAUGCUUCCUUUUUGUCCACUUUCUCCAAAUCCUUUUCCCCUUACAUUUCUACGCCCACCUUUUUACUCUCUCAAAACAAACUUGUUUUAUAGUUCAAAUUUUAAGUACACAUUAAAAGCAUGAAAAACAAACAAAAACAUUACGCUAAUCAAAAGCAUAUUCCAAUGAAAUAAAUUUUAAUAUAUUUUGUCUUAGGAAGUCCAUUUAAUUGUCUAACUACACGCUGUUUUAUAUAAACUUUACAAAUGUGUUUGACUUUAUAAUAAUUAUUAUUUUCGUCACUGAAAACAAUUUGAAGUUAGACUCUUAAUUUGUAUAUAUUAAAAGAAAAUAUAAUUUGUAUUUUAUAUUUAGAUGCAUUGGUGAUGCUCAAGAGGUAGGCGUGCCGAAUGAGUGCUUUCAUCACCGUUUGGAUGAUAUCAUUUUGCUUCCUUUCUUAGAUUAUAAUUAUAACUUCAAUACUCAAUAGUCAAAGCAAGAGAGUAGACAUAUAAUAAAGAUUGAAGAACAAAAUAGUUUAGUGUAAAAUUUUCGUUUUCAACUGUCUAUGAUUGUUAUUUUUGAAUAACUAAGGAGGAAGAUCCAACUUUUUAACUUCAAACUUGAUAUUAUACUUAUAUAUUUAUGAAAGUUGUGGAACUUAACCUUCAAUUUCGUAGUCUAAUGGCAACAUGGCAGGGGUUAUUGGCAAAUAAAUUGUUAAUUAAAUCAUAAUCUCAGUUAUACUAUAUACAUAAAAUAGUUUAAAAAAUUAAAAACUAUUUGUGUGGUUUAAAUGGAAGGAAGGGGCGCAGUUAAAAAACCUAAUUUGCAUCGAACGGCUGAAAUUAUCCAAAGGCUUCUACUAAUACGAGGCCUCUUGUCAUUCCACACAAUUGCAAUCAAACCACAACUCUCUCUACUGAUCUGCUGCUGCUCCCCAUUUCUGUAGAUCUAAAACUUUUAUCUCAUUCCAAAUGGCUACAAUCCAAUCCGUCAAGGCUAGGCAGAUCUUCGACAGCCGUGGAAAUCCCACCGUCGAGGUCGAUAUCGUGUUGUCUGAUGGAACCUUGGCCAGAGCAGCUGUUCCGAGCGGUGCAUCUACUGGUAUUUACGAGGCACUUGAGUUGAGAGAUGGAGGAUCUGACUACCUCGGCAAAGGUGUUUCGAAGGCUGUUGAGAAUGUCAAUGCUAUUAUUGGCCCUGCAUUGGUUGGAAAGGACCCAACUGAGCAGGCUCAGAUUGACAACUACAUGGUUCAACAACUCGAUGGAACCGUUAACGAGUGGGGAUGGUGCAAGCAAAAGCUUGGUGCAAAUGCCAUACUCGCUGUGUCUCUUGCUGUCUGCAAAGCUGGUGCUAGCGUGAAGAAAAUUCCUCUUUACCAGCACAUCGCCAACCUUGCUGGUAACAGCCAGUUGGUUCUUCCCGUACCUGCAUUCAAUGUCAUUAAUGGAGGAUCGCAUGCAGGAAACAAGCUUGCAAUGCAGGAGUUCAUGAUUUUACCAAUUGGAGCUUCUUCAUUCAAAGAGGCCAUGAAGAUGGGAGUGGAAGUUUACCACAAUUUGAAGUCUGUCAUCAAGAAGAAGUAUGGGCAGGACGCAACAAAUGUUGGUGAUGAAGGUGGAUUCGCUCCUAACAUUCAGGAAAACAAGGAAGGUCUUGAAUUGCUAAAAACUGCCAUUGCCAAAGCUGGUUAUACUAGCCAGGUCGUUAUUGGAAUGGAUGUUGCUGCAUCUGAAUUUUACGGAUCAGACAAGACCUACGAUUUGAACUUCAAAGAGGAGAACAAUGAUGGGUCACAGAAGAUUUCAGGAGAUGCUCUCAAGGACCUCUACAAGUCCUUUGCCUCCGAAUAUCCUAUUGUGUCUAUCGAAGAUCCAUUUGACCAAGAUGACUGGGAGCACUACUCAAAGAUGACCAGCGAAAUUGGAGACAAAGUACAAAUUGUGGGAGAUGAUCUCUUGGUCACCAACCCCAAGAGAGUGGAAAAGGCAAUCAAGGAAAAGACUUGCAAUGCCCUUCUUCUCAAGGUUAACCAAAUUGGAUCUGUCACGGAGAGUAUUGAGGCUGUAAAAAUGUCCAAACGUGCUGGUUGGGGAGUAAUGGCCAGCCACCGAAGUGGAGAGACAGAGGAUACUUUCAUUGCUGAUCUCUCUGUUGGCUUGGCAACGGGCCAAAUCAAAACUGGUGCUCCAUGCAGAUCAGAACGUCUUGCUAAGUACAACCAGCUGUUGCGUAUCGAAGAGGAGCUUGGCUCAGCAGCAGUCUAUGCUGGAGUUAACUUCCGCAAGCCUGUUGCACCGUACUAGGAGGUCACACUGGACCGGAGGAGUGGUGAAGGUUUUCAAUCGAUCUCAGUAAUGCAGUGAAUAAGUGUUGCGGGACUGGUUGUUUUGUCGAAUUCAGAGAUCCCUUUUUCCCCUUAAUAAUUUCAGAAAAGUUUUGUUCUGAGAGGUUGAACCAUAGUUUCGAGAAGUUUUAGUAGGAAGACAUGAUAUUGACAUGUCUGAUCCAUCGGUAGUUGCAUAGACUUAAUUUUUAAUGAAUGAACGAAUGAAUGAGUGCCUUUCCAAAUCUUA